CUCGGUGAGGCUUUGUGGGAUUAAGAUUUGGUUACAUACUCCGCCAUGAUUUAACCUUGUUUGCGCCGUGAAGUUUUAUCCGCUUAAUUUAGUCUUUUAUUUUAUUAUUUGAUUAUUGUUCUGCAGCCUGACUGUUUUAUUUAUGUGAUUAUCCAUGGCCGUUGUCGAGUUGACUCGACUGCCUAUCGACAAUGAGCCAGUUCUCCAAAGAGCUGGCUAUAGAGUCAUGGACUCUCUAUGUGAUAGGGAUAUUUACCAUCGCAGCUCGCAUGAUAUCACGACGCAUCGCAAGAUCAUCAUGGAAGAAACUCGAAGCAGACGACUACAUCAUGAUGGUCGUGACGAUCACCUUUACCGGCGUAAUCGUCUGCGUCAACGAAACCGCCACGUACGGUAGCAACUAUCUUCCCGCCGGAGAAGCAGAACAACUAGAUAAGAAAGGUCGCGAAGAUGCAGUCUGGGGGAGUAAGAUGACUUUUGCGCUGGAGCAUUUUACUCUCGCCUCGUUGUGGAUGAUCAAAGGGUGUUUGCUGCUGAUUUAUAAUCGAUUAACGAAGGGAUUGACGGAGCAUACGAUUGUCAAGAUCGUUGCGGUCUACGUUGUUGCUUCUUAUAUUCUCGUUGAGAUUCUCUUUUGCGCCGUGUGGUGUGGACCUCCGAUCACCAUGUAUUGGGAUGUACCGGUUGUACAAUCGCAAUGUGCGACCUACUACAAUCAUCUGAUUACAACGACUGUUUUUAACAUUUCCUCCGAUAUCAUAAUGCUGUGUAUUCCUCUGCGCAUAUUAAUUCGCUCUCGAUUGCCUAUGAAACGAAAACUCGUGCUAUGUGCUAUAUUUAGUCUAGGAGUUUUUGUCAUCCUAAUGGCCAUCCUCAACCGCUACUACAACUUCACAUUACAAUACCAGCCCGUCUUCUUAAAAUGGUACGUGGCAGAAGUAUCAACAGCCGUCUACAUCGGCAACAUCCCCCUCCUCUGGCCCCUCCUCCGCCAAAUCUUCAAUUUCAACAGCUUCGCCGGGUCCGGGUAUACCAAAGGUGCAUCGGGCCCAACAGCACAAUACCACCACCAACUGCGGUCCCGGGACCGGUUUCGAUCGCAGCCGAAUCGGGCCAGUUCGAUGGAGUCGAUUGUGCGCUGCGCCGCCGACGACGAGACUGGGAAGAUUAGCCAAACUCAAACAACAAGCGAGUCAGGGUUUGAGUUGCAUCCGGUUGCGAUGGAUCGGCAUGGUGUGAAUCACACCACGGUGACUGCUGGGAAGGAUGGGUCGGGGGCGGGAACGGAACGCGAUGAGGAGAUGGGUAUUGUUCGGACGGUGCAGGUGGUUCAGUAUAGGGAGUAAGUGCACUUGGGGCUAGUUUUCCUAGUUGUUUCAUAGAGAUUUGACAUAAAUGUAUAAUGACUGCGGCAAUAUUUCUGGGAUCAGCAUUGUCUUAGUAGGAUAGUACCACUUUGACUUUUUUCAAGACUUUUUUUGCCAACCUUGAGG